UUAAAAAACUAGAGGGCGUCUCCAAGCCGGAGAACCGUGUUGAUAUGGCUGGUGCAAGAUUGGAAAAGUUGGGGACAAUAUUUUCCAGGGCUACAGGCCUUAUUCGGUCAGGAGCCAUGAAGGAGGAGGAUAUUCCUAUGUGGUAUAACAUAUACAAACACUUCCCACCUGAGAAUGAGCCGUACUUCGCUCGUAAACCAAAACCUAGAGAAAUUGUUCAGAUACUGUAUCCUGAAGACGUUAUUUGGGUAAAAUUUUUCAAGAAGUAUGGAUCCCCCGGUUUAAUAGACCUUAACAACCCACGAUCAACAUUAUUAUCUGAAAGAUUUGUAACGAAGUACCAAGAACUAGAAAAGUCUGGAAAUUUUCUUGAGGACCAACUGUUCAAGGCUACUGAAGAAGCUCUGUCAUUAGAAGGAAUUAGUUUUGAUAUAAAACAACCACAAAUUAAACAGAAAGCCACUGCUCAAACAAGAAUUGAAGACAUUAUGGCUGAGUCUUCAGAACGGAUAUUAGAAUCAGCCAAGUCUACUUUAGCUGAGGAGUUCCAAGCAGCAAGGGAUAAACAGAAAUCAAACAAACAAAAUGUUGACUCGGAAACAUAAGAGUAUUUGAUUUCUUAAUACAGUGUCAUUUAUCAUACCAGAAACAUAUUUUUAGAUAAAAAGCUGUUUAGAUUUUUGUACAUAUAUAUAUAAAUAGCAUUGAUAAUUAUUGUUUUAUUUUUAAUGAGCAUGAUUAAAUAGCUGCUGCUGGCAUUGUGAAACCAUAAAUUUCUUUCUAAUGUCUCUGAAGGUCUAUUUUGUGUGUGUGUGGGCAUGUUUUUUUGAAGUAAUAAACCUUUAGUGAAAGUACAA